UUCUCGCGAAAAGAAAAACAAUGGAUCACCGCUACAUCACUCUCGCGCUGCUCGCACUCGUCACGCUCUCGAGCAAAGCCGGAUCAUCAGCUCUCAGCCAUCUCGCAGCAGCGCGUCUCCGCCUCGCCGCCACCACCUCGGACGAUCAAACCGCGGGAAACUCCAGCGUCAGCGACCAGGACAACGGCCUCCACGACUGUCGCGAGUUCUACAUCCACGACAUCCUCAACGGGACCGAGGCCGGGAUGGAAGCCAGCGCUUACUUGAUCGCCAGGCCGGCCGAGUUGUUCGCCAAUAACUUUGGAGCGAUUCUGGUGAUGGACGACAAGAUCACCAUUCACCCCGACUACAACUCGACCGAGAUUGGAAGAGCUCAAGGGACGUACACGGUUGUGAAUCACUACGGCUCUCCCGAGCUGCUCUACGAGUUUGCGGCCGUGUUUAAUGGCGGGGAGAAGAUCUGCUUCUUCGGACACAGGCCGAUCGACGAGCCAAGCUCCGAGUUAGCGGCGUUUUCGUGUGGGGGACACGGAAAACUCACGCAAGGCAUAACUCUUGCUCGCUUCUCGGCCGUCUACUUCUCUCCCUCGGGGUUGAACGAGAUCAUUCGUGUAGUGAUGUGUAAAUUCAUCUGAUCGAAUUAAUAAUUCUAUUAAUUAGCUAAACUUUAUUACUUAAUAAA